GGUUCACACACUGCUCCAGAAUCCAUUUCCCCACCUGCCCCAGCACAUCAGUCCAGCAUGGUGUGGGGCUGGGACCACUGGUUCGCUACCUGACAUGCUGAGUCCUUAAGGUACUUGCCUGGGAUGUUCCCAUGGCAACGCAAUGGCAGCUGUUGUGUGUAGCCUGGGGAUCCUCCUCCUGGUGCCGUGUGCUGUCUCUGAGAAGUUCUCCCUAUCUGGCUCCCCGCACCCUGUGGUGGGGGUAGUGGGCCAGGAUGUGGUGUUACCUUGCCAGCUCUCACCCCCGAAUCAAGUACCCAGGAUGCACGUGUGGUGGAGGAAAAUUGGAUCAGGAUUUAUCCCGGUUCAUGAGUACUCAGAUGAGGGUACCAAGAACCAGCCAGGGGAGCAUUACCAGAACCGGACAGAGCUGUUCCCACAGGAGUUUAUCAGCGGCAACGUCUCCCUGAAGCUGAAAUGGCUCCAAGUAAUGGACAAUGGGAGAUACCAGUGCUUUGUGAAAAACCCAGAGUGGAGCCGGGAAGCCACCAUUGAACUACGGGUGGCAGCUGUGGCUCCAGUGCUUGUUGAGGUGCUAGGUCCCAGGGGCCAAGGAAUAGGACUGACCUGUAGAUCCUCAGGCUGGUUUCCCAAACCCGAACUCCAGUGGGUUAGGAAGAAUCAGCAGAACCUGGUGAUGGAGUCUGUGACCAAUAUGACUCAGGAUAGGGAGAACCUGUACAGUGCUGUGAGUCACGUCAUUAUCACAGAAGGAGAAGACACUGGAGACAUCAGCUGCAUAGUGCGGAAUGGCCAGCUGGAGUUGGAGCUACAGUCUGUCAUUCACCUUUCUGGUGAUGUCUUCCCCCAGGUGUCUCCCUGGCUGGCUGCAUUCUGGGCACUGUUCGCUCUGGAUAUCAUUGUUGCUGGAGUUUGUGCAUAUCUUGGAUACACAGCAAAGCGAAAGGCCUCUAAAAAGAAACGGUCUGAAGAGGAGACUCUCUUAAUGCGUGAGACUGAGAGGAAGGCCUUGGAAUCAGAAUGCCAGGAGCUGCGUGAGAGGCUGGACAGCUCCAUCACAGAGCUAGAGUUCAGGCGGGCUCGGAGCUACUUGGUUCCUGUCACUCUGGAUCCAAGUUACAAACAUCCUGUGGUGAUGGAGGGGUUUGUGGCCAAGAGGGAUCAUGGUGCGGAGGGUGGGGUUUGCAGGUAGUACUGGGAGGUGGAGGUGGGGGACAGCACAGAUUGGGAGCUAGGGGUGCUGAAUGAGACUGUGAGGGAUAAAGUGAGACAGGAGGGGCCGGAGAGUUUCCCCGAGAAGAGGUGCUGGUCUCUGAGGAGAUCAGAGGGGCGGUAUCAGCCCAGCGAGGCUGACACUGUGAUCCAGAGCUGGGCUGUGAAGCCGACACUGGUUGGGGUGUUUCUGGAUCUAGAACGGGGGAGUCUCUCAUUUUACAAUGUCAAUUCAAUGGCCCUGAUCCUGGAGGUUCCUGUGGAACAUUCUGAGAGACUGUUCCCGUUCCUCAGCCCUGGUCACGCUGUGGGGCAGGACCAGGGGAAACCCCUCAGCAUCUGUCCUCCCAGCGACUGGGAUUUCCCCCAGACAUUGAGUUCUUCAGGGAGCUCCCACAGCCUAUGCACAGCACUCCUCACUUGAAGAGGACAAAGGGGGGAGAGGGGGGAGAAUAUGAGCAUCCUGAAAGCAGAGAGGAGAAAAGAAAUGCUAAAUCCUGAGGCCCAGCAGUAAAGGCCUCACCUGCCAAAAGUGCUCCAGCAGGGUGAAGGGAACCAAAAAUAGAAAAAUGCUCAGAACCUGAAUCUCUGAAACUGAUGCUUUUGUUCUGCAGAUUUCAGGGCCAGGACAUUUUUAUUAAAGCUAAUGUUAAAAAAUUGUGUAAUACAGAUGUAACCACGGACUGAAUGAAUGAUUCCAUUAUAGCCAUCUGAAAUGGGAGAGAAACCCUGGGGCUAUGUCUACACUGCCCCCUCUUGUGCAAAAAAAAUGCAAAUGAGGCAAAACAUGAAC